CCUCCAACUCACAUUUGGUUAAGGGAAACAAAAUAUUUCAAUAUCAAUGAAAAGAUCUAGCGUCUACUGAAUACUGGUUAUGAUGUAAAAGUGGGGAUCAAUAAGAAGUAUAUAGCAUUUAGUGAAAUUUGAGACGAAGAUGAAUAGAUCAAUUUCAGUCCAUUAACAUCAAAAUCUUGGUGUAGGCACCUGUUGGCUUGACGUCCUCUCUUUUCCAUCAACUGAAUUUGCAGGUAAGAGGUAUAAAGACACUGAGCACUGAGUUAAUUCGUUGCUGUGCUGAGCCAACGAGUUGGCGCGCAUUUGGUUAAAAAUUCAAUACAAAGGAGAAAAAAGGACAAAAGGAAAAAAAGCGCCCCAGAAAUCGUAUAAAAGCGCCUCUUGACCCGCUGUUCGCUAAUCGCUGCGUUAAUUUAGUUUCUCAUUAAAUUAAACGGUCAAAAAAAGGGAACAAAAAUGGCUUUUUGCACAAUUGACCUUUAUUUUCUCUUUUCUAGUGUUUCCGGGAAAAACAACACUGAGGCCCCAAGAGGAGAAGAGAAAAUGAGAAAAGAAAAUUUACCCAUUCUUUAUUCAUCUGAUUAGAUUUUAGAUUCUUUAGUGUAAAGUAUAGAUAGAGAGGAAGAAGGGAUCAAAGAAAAUGAUGUUGGUUUUCUAUUUGAUCUCAUUGCCUUUAACAAUGGGGAUGGUGAUUCUCACACUGAGAUAUUUCGCGGGUCCAGCUGUUCCUAUUUACGUCUUGUUAACCGUUGGAUAUACCUGGUUCUGUUCUUUCUCAAUCAUCAUCCUCGUUCCUGCUGAUAUUUGGACGACAAUGGUGGGUCAUUCCAGCAAAGCAAUAUCUUUAUUCUGGAGCUUGACUUAUUGGAGUACAUUUCUGCUAACAUGGGUUGUGGUGCCUACUCUUCAGGGUUAUGAAGAUGCUGGAGAUUUCACCAUGGCAGAAAGAUUGAAGACUAGUGUACAUGCAAACUUAGUCUUCUACCUCUGCGUUGGUUCUCUUGGACUUGUCGGAGUCAUUUUAUUCAUUAUUUUUCGCAGAAAUUGGAGUGGAGGCAUGCUUGGUUUUGCUAUGGCUUGCUCCAAUACUUUUGGGCUUGUUACUGGUGCCUUUCUUCUUGGCUUUGGUCUUAGUGAAAUCCCAAAGGGCAUUUGGAAGAAUGCGGAUUGGAGCACCCGCCAAAAGGUUCUCUCACACAAAGUUGCUAAAAUGGCUGUUAAACUUGAUGGCGCUCAUCAAGAAUUUUCAAAUGCUAUUGUAGUUACUCAGGCGACAUCAAGUCAGAUGACAAAGCGUGAUCCUUUAAGACCAUAUAUGAAUAUUAUUGAUAGCAUGUUAGAGAAAAUGUUAAAGGAAGAUUCUUCCUUCAAACCCCAAGGUGGAAGGUUUGGGGAGAAUGAUAUGGAUUACGAUACUGACGAGAAAUCAAUGGCGUCUCUCAGACGCCGGCUUAGGAUAGCUAGAGAUCAAUACUGUCGGUAUCGAAGUGAAUAUAUGAACUUUGUCUUGGAAGCUCUUGAGCUGGAAGACACCAUCAAAAACUAUGAGCGCCGUGAUGCAACUGGAUGGAAAUUUCUUUCAAGCUUCAGGCCUGUACGAACUGGAAAACUAGGGCCUUAUCUUGAUACGACUGAGUUCGUUUGGCGUUGUAUUCUAAGAAAGCAACUACAAAAACUCUUGGCUGUAAUUCUGGGUUGCAUGUCAGCUGCAAUACUUUUAGCAGAGGCUACCAUACUGCCCCGUGGAGUUGAUUUAUCUCUCUUCUCCAUUCUCGUAAAUUCUGUGGGAAGGCAGGAGCUGGUUGGACAGAUUACUUCUUUCAUCCCUCUGAUGUAUAUGUGCGUCUGCACCUAUUAUUCCUUGUUCAAAAUUGGAAUGCUGAUGUUCUAUGCAUUGACACCUGGACAAACAAGCUCAGUCAGCUUGCUUAUGAUAUGCUCGAUGGUUGCACGAUAUGCUCCACCAAUUUCAUACAACUUUCUCAAUCUUAUUGAUCUACCUGGUAAAGGAAAAACAGUCUUCGAGAAGAGAAUGGGGAACAUAGAUGAUGCUGUUCCUUUCUUUGGUAAAGGAUUCAAUAAAAUCUAUCCCCUCAUCAUGGUUGUAUACAUACUCUUACUCGUGACAAACUUCUUUGAUCGUGUCAUCAAAUAUUUUGGGAACUGGAAGUUAUUCAAAUUACAAAUUGAAGUUGAUGGCACAGAUGGAUUUGAUACGUCAGGACUAAUUAUCUUACAGAAAGAGCGUUCUUGGCUUGAGCAAGGGUAUAAAAUCGGAGAAAAUAUCAUUCCAUUGGCAAGGAAUUUCAGCAGCACGAGUAUUGACAUCGAACCUGGCAGCAAUAACACAAUGGUAAACAAGGAUAAGAGUUCUUCAAUUUCAAGAGCAAACAGUGCAGCUGAACUUGAAAAGAUGGGUGAAUAUAAACCUCUGAAAGAAGAGUUUAAACAAGAGACAAGCAGAGAAGCCCUCACCAAGAAAUAUUCAGGCGUAAGAGAACAGCCAAAGAACCAAGAAUCUAACUCGAAUUCAACUGAGAAAGAAUCCACAUCCAUUGCAGUUGAUGAUGGCCACUCAGAAAGUGCAAGGGCAUCACUGUCUGGGGGAUUAGCGUCGAAAUGGGAAUCGAUGAAGUCCGGCCUUUUAAGUUUCAAAACGAACCUAGAAGCUAAGAACUUCCUCCCUCUACGCCAGACUCAAGAAAGUAAAGUGCCCUCCCAUGUUUCCUCGUCUGAAUCUCUGGAUGAAAUUUUCCAGAAACUGAAACGAUCGAGCAUGGACCCUAAAUAUCAUGAUGAAGACAAUGAAUUUUGAACAUGAUACAAAAUUCCGAAAAGUUCAAUUCAUGUAGAUAGAUUGUAGAAGCUAAAGAAUUGAUUUCAGACCGAACUCGGAAAGAUGUUUGGUUUGUGAGGCAAGCUGAAUGCAGAGUGUAAUGGAAGAGAAUCUUGACUUAAUUUUGCAGCAUUCAAUAUUGUACACAAUUUUGCUACAAUUGACUUUCUAAACAACAUAGAGCUGAAACACAGGAUAUGCCUGCCACAGCAUGUUGUUUACUUGUAAUUCCUAGCAUUAUAAGGUUAAUCAUCGACUAUGGAUGUUUGCUUCCUUGCAACUGCCUUUUCUUUGUUCUUUUUAAUUAUGUUUUUUUUUUGUCAUUAUAA